GCAGCAGAGAGAGACGGCCGAAGACUCACAGAGACUCACAGAGACUCACAGAGACUCACAGAGACACUGAAGUCCUUCUGUUGACUCUGAUCUCACAGCAGCAGUUCAGACACCGUCAGACAGGUGGACUCAGGAGGACUCAGGAGGACUCAGGAGGACUCAGGAGGACUCAGGUGGACUCAGGUGGACUCAGGAGGACUCAGUUGGACUCAGGUGACACAGCUCUCUCCUCUGAUGAUGGACGACUACACUCUUCCCUUCUGGAUUUACCUGGGCGUUCUGACCGUGUUUGUGGGUGGUGCCAUGAAGAAGAUCGUGGCAUCCCACCUGAGCACGGCGCCGACCCUGGUGGCCUGGCUCGGAGCCACGGUUCUGGUGGAGCGGCUCUGGGCAUUCUGCCUGCCGGCCGUGCUGCUGUUGGCACUGCUCGGUUUCGCCUGCUGCCUCUACUCGGCCCGGACCGGCCCGCCGCCCGCCAACCUGCCCGCCCACGGGAAGGCCGUCUUCAUCACAGGCUGCGACUCUGGUUUCGGUAACGCCACGGCGAAGCAUCUGGACUCUCUGGGCUUCGAGGUUUUCGCCACAGUGUUGGAUCUGAGUGGAGACGGAGCGCGAGAGCUGCAGAGGAGCUGCUCGACCCGACUCACCCUGCUGCAGGUGGACAUCACCCAGCCGCAGCAGGUCCACCAGGCCCUGCUGGACACCAAGGCCAAGCUGGGCCUCAAAGGUCUGUGGGGUUUGGUGAACAACGCUGGUGUGUGUGUGAACUUUGGAGAUGCUGAACUCUCUCUGAUGUCCAACUUCCGCGGCUGCAUGGAGGUGAACUUCUUCGGGACGCUGAGCAUCACCAAGAGCUUCCUGCCGCUGCUGAGACACAACAAGGGACGGAUAGUCACCAUAUCCAGCCCCGCAGGCGACCAGCCGUUUCCCUGCCUGGCGGCGUACGGAGCGUCCAAAGCCGCUCUGAACCUCUUCACCAACACGCUGAGGCACGAGCUGGAGCCGUGGGGAGUCCGAGUGUCCACCAUCCUGCCAUCGUCCUACAGAACAGGUCGCUCCAGCAACGCCGCCUACUGGGAGCAGCAGCACAAGCAGCUGCUGCAGGGCCUGUCUCCGGCGCUGCUGGAGGAGUACGGCGAGGACUACGUGGACGAGACCAAGGAGCUGUUCCACAGCUACGCCAGCCAGGCCAGCACCGACUUCAGCCCCGUGGUGGACACCAUCGUCCAGGCGCUGCUAGCGCCGCAGCCGCGGCCGCAGUACUACGCUGGGCCGGGCGUCGGCCUCAUGUACUUCAUCCACACCUACUGUCCCUUCAGCCUCAGCAACUGGCUGCUGCAGCGGCUGUUCGUCAAGAAGAAGCUGAAGCCGCGAGCGCUGAGGAAAGAGUCGGGCUUCGAGCUGAACCUCAGCCUCCUGAACAACAACAACAACGAGGAGAAGCUGCAGUAGACGGACGGCAGCUUCACCUGCAGAUAGAGGACCACCGCACUCAUAGAGCUGUACCUGUUCUGUAUGUCAAACUGUUGAAGGGAUCAUAGUGAUGCACCAAAAGGUUUCUGUUUGUCUGACCAGCAGGGGGCACCGCUCCAGAACACUUCACCUGGACUGUCCAAACACACAGAGGCUCACACUGAAUCAUGUGCCUUCAUCUCCAAACACCAGCAGAGCACCAGACACGGAGGAUCCAGCAGCAGCAGCAGCAGCGCCGUUAGCAUCAUACUAAGCUAACAGAACCACUACCAGCCGGGUGUUAUUUCAGUUUAGGGCCUUAAAGAUUUUAAGUACCAUUGUCAGGGAGGGUAUGAAUAUACAAAGAGGCUUCAACAACCAAUCAGGAUCAGAGUUCAGACACCUCAGUCCUCGACCAAUCACAGCUCCCCGUCUGCAGCAGCAGGUGUGAUGCCACUGGAGGGCGGAGCCGUCUCCUUCCUGUGGUUAUAGUCUCUGUGCUCCUAUUGGUCAGUGAUGUCAUUAUACAAACACAGAGAAGGUGCAGCACCAAUGAUUGUCCUCUGUGAUGUCAGCGUAUCAACAACACUUCGUCUUCUUACAGCUUCUUAUAACAUUUAAAAAGUUCCACAGUUGAAGUUAAAAACUCAAAACAGCAAAGUUCUAACAAACUAAAUGUUUAUUUCUGAUUUUCUGUUGAAAUGAGUUGAUUCUAAUCUUCAAAUUUAGU